AUGAAGGGUAAUGAGCAAGAACUGAUACAAUUGGCUCGUCGAAUGCGACAACUCGCUGUCUUCUCAUCAUCCGUCGCUGUUUUCGUUGCAGUUCUAUCAGUUUUCGCUCUUCCAGUUCUCAUUUCGUCCACACUUCAAGCAGUUACAUCAGUAGAUGAUAAUCUAGCGAGAUGCACUGCAGACGCCUUCAAAAUGUACAAAGCAAUCGAUGAAAUAGAGAUUCAAUUGAUCCAAUCAUUCAAUAAAUCAUCUUCUCAAAGAUCAAAACGUGGCGGUGGAUACGUGAAUUCAUAUUCUGGACAAUAUUCCGGACAAAAUUAUGAUUCAAUUGGUCAACCAGCUGCAAAUGGGCAGUAUAGAUUCUUUCCAGAGGUCAUCGAAGCAAUCAGAGCCAGACGUCCAACUUUGUAUUCUCUUCAACAAGAUUAUAACGGAGGAGUUGGAGGACAAGGGGGAUGUGGAGCAUCUCCUCAAGGUUAUCAAACUAGACCUACAUUUGUUGGACCCCAAACCGGCUCAAUCCUCCGUGACGGUCAAUCCGGAUUCAAUGGAGGCGGUGGUUGUAUUCCUCGUUAUGGACCACCUGGUCCUCCAGGAGCAUCUGGAAAUCCAGGAAGAGAUGGAAACGACGGAGAAGCUGGAUCAAAUGGAGGACAAGGAAGAGAUGGAGUAGCUGAUAUUGAUAGAGAACCAUGUCAAGUUUGUGCUCCAGCACAACAAGGUUAUCCAGGGCCACCGGGUCCAAAAGGACGGCCAGGAGAGCAGGGACCACCUGGAUUAGAUGGAAAUACAAUUGAUGGAGAGGAUGGAUCACCGGGACUCUCUGGGCCACCGGGGCCACCUGGACCUCCUGGAUUGCCUGGAUUACUUGGAGAACACGGAGAGUCGAAUGAGGAAGAAGUUGCAGGACCACCAGGACCACCGGGAGUUAAGGGAGGACAAGGAGGUGUGGGAUCAAGAGGAACUGAAGGAAAUCCAGGACCAAAAGGACCGCCCGGACAACAAGGAAAUCCUGGAGCACCAGGAAUCGGAGGACGGCCAGGUCUCCAAGGACGGCCAGGAGCACCAGGAGCCCCUGGAUCUCCUGCUUCUUGUGAUCAUUGCGCACCGCCGGUCCUCGAACCAGGAUAUCAAGUUGAUGUGAAAAAGACAAUCAAACGUGCUUCCCCAUGA